ACCCAUGUUGUAUUUUCACAAUCACAAUGUAUAGUGAUUUUAUUUCUCAUACGUUUGCAACGUUGUUAAUAUUGUUGCUGUAUUCAUGUAAGGUUGCUGUUGGUCAAACCGGUGACAUUGAAGAUGAGGAGUUGCUGUGCAGAAGGUGCGGUCACAAAGUGACAUCUGCCGAACAUCUGUACAGCAACAAGAGUCCAUUGGCGCUCUCACAUCGUAACGACACUAUACUUGGACAUGAUGAUACCUUGAUACAGUUGUUCCAGAAUGCACACGAGAAUAGAUUCGAGUUGAUCACAGUGAAACAGGCCGACGUGUACAGGCAUGGCGUAGCUGUUUACGAUGCAUCGUGGUUUCCAAGUUAUGCAUGGCGGAUAACAGUAUGUCCUCGCUGUGGCCAACACCUCGGAUGGUCGUUUGAAAAGGGUACAGAGGACCAUCACAGCAAGAAAUAUGUCUUUUAUGGGCUUAUUCUGGCUGACCUUUUGCACAAAGACUACGUGCAAUCACUACUGAUUGUGCCAAAAGCUUACCGAACCAGAUAGCACUGGGAAUGCCUGUAAAUCGUGCUCCCUAACACUGUUAUAAUACCAGGAGUAAGAUAAUAUAGAUCUUCUAUAUUAUCUUACUCCUGAUAAUACUUAUGUGCAAUGCAUACAGCCGUCCCAAUCCUGUAUCUUCUAUUAAACCUGGCAUAUAUUGCUGUGGGAAGCAGAAGAUAUGGUGGCCUUAAGUGGCAAUAAGAUGUGAAGAGUUAAUAUGGUAUUUUUUAAACUAUAUAUAAUAUAGACUAUAUCUAUUCUAUCUUAUUCAUGAGCCAAAAUCUCUCAUAACUGUUAUAAGUAAUGUGUAAGUAUGCAGGGCCGUAAUGGCCGCCACGGCAGCACGGCACUGCCGUGGCACUAUUUUGACAAAAAAAAAUUGUGCAGGGA